UUUUCAUUUGGUUAAAACCCAAUUAUCUUUUCGCCCGAAGGUUUUUGCAUUUGUCAUCCUCGUCGGCAUCAUUUCUCAACUCUCCUUCGCCGGACUCCGUCGCUUUCUAUUUUCCAGAACUUUUAUAGAGUGAGAGAGAAAGAUGGUGAUUCCACCGGCAGUUAGACCACCACGCCUCUUCGACUACCUCAAACCUUACGUCCUGAAGAUGCACUUCACGAACAAGUUCGUUCACGCCCAAGUCAUCCACUCACCGACAGCCACAGUGGCUUGCGCAGCUAGCUCACAGGAGAAAGCACUGAGGGAAACGAUGGGUGUCACGCGCGACGUGGCUGCUGCUUCAAUGAUUGGUAAGAUCCUCGGGGAAAGGCUCCUGAUGAAAGAUAUCCCAGCUGUUGCUAUCCACAUGAAGAAAGAGCAGAGGUAUCAUGGUAAAGUCAAGGCUGUGAUCGAUUCCGUCAGGGAAGCUGGCGUUAAGUUACUUUGAGUAUUAUUUCAACAAACAAUCCAUGAAACCAAAAUCAAUCUCGUGUUAUUCGUUUCGAACAUUGUUGUUUUUUUUUUGUAGCUUAUCAGACAGAUUGAGAUCAGAUUGGUGGUUUUGUGCUUAUGUUCAUGUUUGUUCUUCAGCUUCAGGGUUAUGAAGAAACUUGUUCUAAAGAGAACUAAUGUUAUAAGCUUUGACUA